ACCGCCUUUACAUAGCUGUAAUUCGGAGCUGUGCUUUUGUUGCAAAACAGUUCCCAAUGUGGUUAGAUAAGAGUAUAACGUACGUGAUUAAUCCUUCAUAAGAGAGACAUAACAUCAGUUGCACCACUAGACGUGCCAUUUCCCUGGACAGUGGGGAGAUAGGUCAACGAGGAUAACAUAUUCACCCUUCAGUAGAGGAAGGCCGUAUACAUUAUCAAGGGUGGAGAAGAUCACGUUAAAUCGACAAAAUGAACCACCAGGAUUCUGUUGAGAGUGAGCCUUCAUUUGUGAGGAACCCUAGCUUGGCUUGUAUGGAAGAGGAUGUCUUGUAUCACAUCGCCCUAGGAGAUAAGUCACAUGACCUGAAAGAAAUGUUUUCUGAUGUCAAGUUUGUGUGUUUUGGUGGAUCACCGGGCCGAAUGCAGAAGUUUGCAUUUCAGCUAGUGGAUGAACUGAAGUACAAGAUGACCGCUGGCCAGACAUUGUGUAAUGUGGCCGGAGGAUCUGACCGCUACGUUCUGUACAAAGUGGGGCCGGUCAUCUCUGUCAGUCAUGGUAUGGGGAUUCCCUCAUUGUCCAUCCUGAUGCAUGAGAUACUGAAGCUGCUUCACCAUGCAGAGUGUUCACCGAGUGACGUCACCUUCUUCAGAAUAGGGACCAGUGGUGGACUAGGUCUCGAACCAGGAACAGUCGUUAUAUCUGAAGCAGCAGUUGACGGCAUCUUACGUCCAUAUAUGGAAGUGGCAACCCUUGGGAUGAUAAUCCAGCAUCCGGCCCUGCUCAACCAGGAGCUCAACGCUGAACUAAUGGCUGUCGCUGGGGAGGCAGAAAUUAAAGCCGUCUGUGGUAAAACCAUGUGUACCUACGACUUUUAUGAGGGCCAAGCAAGGUUGGACGGAGCAUUCUGUGAUUACACUCCCGAGGACAAGAUGGCUUUUCUGAAGAGGGCACAUUCCCGCAGGGUAGCCAACAUUGAGAUGGAGUCCCUGUGCUUUGCCGCCAUGACACAUAGGGCUGGCAUCAAAAGUGCAGUUCUGUGUGUGACCCUACUAGACAGGCUGAAAGGGGACCAGAUCUGCACACCACACGACAUCAUGGAAGAAUGGCAGCAACGUCCUCAACGUAUUGUCAUCAAGUAUAUACGUAAACAAUUAGGUCUGGAGUGAUCCUUCGUACUUAACACGACGUCAUGGGAGACUGGCAGCAACAUCCUCAAAGUAUCUUCAUCCGGUAUAUACAUCAAUUAGGUCUGGAGUGAUUAAUCGUAAUUAACACGACGUCUUGGGAGAAUAGCAGCAACAUCAUCAAAGUAUCUUCAUCCGGUAUAUACAUCAAUUAGGUCUGGAGUGAUUAAUCGUAAUUAACACGACGUCAUGGAGGAUUAAUACCACUGGCUGCAUAAUAUUAUUGACCACACUAAAGAAGUUAAAUUGUUAAGAUUGUUUCCAGUGACAAAAGGGUUGUGUUAGUGAUAAAAGGGUUGUGUUACGUCCCCUACUGGUGACUCCAGGUGUUUAUUACUACAGAAGGGUUGUGUUACGUCCCCUACUGGUGACUCCAGGUGUUUAUAGCUACAGAAGGGUUGUGUUAGGUCCCCUACUGGUGACUCCAGGUGUUUAUAGCUACAGAAGGGUUGUGUUACGUCCCCUACUGGUGACUCCAGGUGUUUAUAGCUACAGAAGGGUUGUGUUACGUCCCCUACUGGUGACUCCAGGUGUUUAUAGCU